CCUCAAGUUGUUGUUGUUGCUUGCCGGCUCCUGGCCCAAUAUUUCAAAAAUGGCGCUCAAACUGAUAAUCUUAUGUGGUCUGAUCUCCAUAUCUUCAGCAGCAGUAAAGCUCCAGGAGAUGUUCUCCUGGAAUGCCAUGGACUGGGCUUACCCUGAUCAACAAUCCAAAAUCGCAGCUCUCAAUUCUGGAGAGCUCAUACCCGAGAACGCCCUGCCUGUUGGUAUCGAGCGAUGGGGGAACAAGCUAUUUGUCAGUGUUCCUAGAUGGAGGCCUGGUAUUCCAGCAACUUUGAACUACAUUCCAUUGGAUGCUCCGUACGAUCCGUCGCCGAAGUUAAUUCCUUAUCCAAGCUGGCAAGGCAAUGAACUCGGGAACUGCGCUAGUGGUCUCACCACCGUCUAUAGGAUAAAAGCCGAUCAAUGUAAUAGACUUUGGGUUUUGGAUGUCGGCACUUACGGCUACGAAAACGUCACGAAUGUUUGUCCCUUUGCCCUGAACGUUUACGAUUUGAACACCGACCGCCGUAUCAGGAGAUACGUAUUCCGCCCCGAAGAUAUCCUCGCAUCAACUUUUAUCGCCAACAUCGCUCUCGAUAUGGGAAACAGCUGCGAAGACACCUUCGCAUAUUUCUCUGAUGAACUCGGUUACGGGCUAAUCGCUUACUCAUGGGAGCAAAACAAGUCUUGGAGAUUCAGCCACGGAUACUUCCUACCUGACCCUCUUGUAGGAGACUUCAAUAUCGGUGGCCUUAACUUCCAAUGGUUCGCUGAAGGCAUCUUUGGCAUCACUACUUCACCUAUUGGUCCUGAUGGAUAUCGUACACUCUACUUUAGCCCCUUGACAAGUAACACUGAGUUUGCUGUUUCAACUAGAAUAUUAAGGAACUCCUCGAAAGUAAACGAUGCUUACAGCGACUUCAAGGUGGUUGGUGUACGUGGUCCUAAUGGUCAUACCACGUCUCAUGUGAUGUCAGAACGAGGAGUGGAAUUAUACAACCUCAUUGAUCAAAACGCUAUCGGAUGCUGGAACUCUGCACUACCUUUGAAACCCCAAAAUACUGCUAUCGUUGAUAAGGACGAUGUUGGCCUAAUAUUCCCUUGCGACAUUAAAAUUGUAGAUGAAUCAGAAGUGUGGGUAAUUUCAGACCGUAUGUCAGCAUUUUUGGAAGGUGAAUCUGGGCUUGAUUACAGUGAUAUUAACUUUAGAAUCUUCACUGCUCCACUAGAUACUUUGAUAUCAGGAACAGUAUGUGAGCCUCAACCACGUUUCGUCGCUCCUGCUGAAGUCGUCCCGAGCCUUAAUUAUUUUAAUCAAUUCAAAGUUCCGCCAUCGCCGCAGCGAUCAUUCCCACGAAUGCCAGGACAACCCCAAAUACCAAUAUUCAAUUCAGUUAACCCUCAAAAUGCACCGAGAGUGACCAGCUACAUAAACUUCCCAGCUUUACCAACAACUCCCCGACAAGUUAGCGCCUUUACUGAUCCAACAUCAAACGUAUCACCUGCAGGUACUUGGUGGUGGAAGAAAAAUUACCAAGUUUUCGAAUGAGUCAAUGGGCAAUCUCACGUAAUAUUAGGUUAAUUACAAGUAGUUCUUGCCAUAACUCGUUCAUGUUAAGAACAUUCUAGAAUAUAAUAUAAUGUUCUUUUAUGCUUUAUCGUAGUUAUCCACCCCAAGGAUCAAUACAGUUACAAUUUUUUAUAGCCUGUAUUUGCCAGCCUGUUUUCGUUGUUAUGUUAAGCUAUU